CGGAGGCAGGGGGGCAGUUCUCUCUCUCUCUCUCUCUCUCGUCGCCUCCGAAAGCUCGUAUUUUUAGCUCUCCUGAGCUCUCUCCCUCAUCAAGCUCUCCAAGCUCUCGCCAUGGCCAAGAACACAUGCAAGCUCUGCUCCCGCCGCUUCGCCAGCCCCCGCGCCCUCGCCGGCCACAUGCGCGCCCACUCCAUCGCCGCCGCCAAGUCUCAGAUCUCCUCGGCGUCCUCGGCCUCGACCUCCAUCGCGGCCGGCGGCGGCGGCGGCGUCGAAGACGACGCCGACGCCAAGAAGCCCAGCCCCAUCCAGGGGCACGCUCUGCGGGAGAAGCCCAAGCGCCGCGUCCGCCUCGCCGAGUCCGACUUCUCGGAUCGCGAGAGCGAGACGACGGACUACUACUCGCCGGACGCCAAGCGCUCGCACGACGGAUCGGGGGACGCGGAGCCGGUGAGCUCGGUCUCCGACGGGGACACCCCGGUGGAGGACGUCGCGCUGUCCCUCAUGAUGCUCUCGCGCGACUCCUGGCCCGCGCCGCCGCCGCCGUCGUACUACUCCUACUACCGCGCCGACUCCGACGACGAGGGCGACGCCCGCCGCCCGGCGGUCGCGGCCGCAGCCGCCGCGGCGCAGAAGCGGACGCGGUACGAGUGCCCCGCGUGCAAGAAGGUGUUCCGAUCGUACCAGGCCCUGGGGGGGCACCGCGCCAGCAACGUGCGCGGCGGCAGAGGCGGCUGCUGCGCGCCCCCGCUCAGCAACCCUCCGCCUCCCGCCCCCCUGCGGCCAUUGCCGGAAUGCGACGGCGGGGAGGAGGACCCGACGAAGGCGCAGCCGCACGAGUGCCCCUACUGCUUCCGCUUGUUCCCGUCCGGGCAAGCUCUGGGGGGCCACAAGCGGUCCCACCUCUGCUCGGGCGCCGCCGCAGCAGCAGCCGCAGCACCAGGCGCCGAUCCCCUCUCGGUCGCGACGAAGAGCCUGGGCUUCAUUGAUCUGAACCUACCGGCGCCCUUCGACGACGUGGAGCACUCCGCCGUGUCAGAUCCCUUCCUCUCGCCGAAGCCAGCGGGUUCUUGAAAGCAAGCAGAGCAAGCAAGCAAGCCGGCCGCUUUUGUCUCGCUCGCCUUUCGGUUGAUUCCAACGGGGACGAUUCGACGAUUCGAGCGAAGGAUCAGAGGGAAAGAAAGAGUUACUGCUUAACGAAGCAGCAAGAAAGGUAAAGAAACUGAUAAAAAAAGAGAGAGGAGACAUCUUUGCUUGGGUUUGGGUAGUUCUUUUCUCCUAGUAUUUGUUCGCAUUGAUUCAAUCAGCUACAAUAUCCAUCACCGUAGUCCUCCGUUUCCUUCUGUCUUUUUGUUUGUUUCAUUCAAGCCAUGGUAGAUUGGGGCAGCUAGAGCUAA